UGCUCCGCGGGAAGCCUGCUUCUCCCUCUCCCACUCCCCUUGCUUGUGUUCCUUCUCUCCUGCCUCUCUCUCUCUCUCUCUCUCUGCCAAAUAGAUAAAUAAAUAAAAUCUUAAAGAGGAAAAGAAAAAGUAGUGAGAAACCUCAUCUGGACCCUCAGCUCCUGCCCAAGGGGAGGGAAUCUGCCCCAAGGCCUGAGUGGUCUCAGGAUGCCCCCUGCAGUCAGCCACCUCUGGUGCUAAUGGGUCCCUCCAGAGGGCUGGGGGCCUGCCCUCGGUCCUGGAGUUGGAUCUCGGGUCAAGCCCUGGGCCCCUCAUUGGACAGGGUGUAUGGGGACAACAAUAGUUCCAGCAUGGUCACACUGGACAGGUCCUGAACCAGCUAUUCCCAGCUCCUAUGCCUCUUCCUCCAAGAAGCCAGGUAGGGUGGGGGGCUUUGGGUCCCUCAAGAAGCUCCCCUUCAGGCCUCUGCCCCUCCCAACGUCCCACUAUCUUUCUAAGCGUCCAGCCCCCAGCACCUACCCCUCUCUCAGCCCUGUGGUAGAGGUGAGUCCAGGGCCUGGGCCCUGCCAGGGUGACCUUGUUCUCCGUGUCACCCCCACCCCGUUGCAUCCCUGGGUUUCCCUUGGGCCUGAUUCCAGAGGCUCUUAGCACUCGGGGGUCACGGCGGUGGGCCUGGGGAUGGUCCAGCUUGAGAGCUCCCUGCUCUGCUCCUGGGUGGGGGUAGGAGCAGCGCGGACCCCGAAGCCCCCCAACCCGGAAAGACAGCUGCAGUAUCUGUGUCUGUGCACACGCCCACGCGUGUGUGCCGCGGUCGCAUCUCCGUGAGUGCUGCGUGUCGCUACCCGCCUGGGUCCCUCCGCGCGCACGCCUCCCGCCUCCCGGAGUCUGUGCGCCUCAGCACGCGGGGUGAGUGUGCACCGGGGGCGGGGCCUCGGGGACGGGGCCUCCCGGGGGCGGGGUCGGGUCCGGCCUGCGCGGCGGCGCGCCCUGCAGUCCCGGAGCGAGCGAGCGGCGAGCGGAGGCCGAGCGCGCCCCUUCCCGUCGCGCGAUGCUGCCCUGGACGGCGCUCAGCCUGGCCCUGAGCCUGCGGCUGGCGCUGGCGCGGAGCGGCGCCGAACGUGGCCCCCCAGCAUCGGCCCCCCAGGGGGACCUGCUGUUUCUGUUGGACAGCUCGGCCAGCGUGUCUCAUUAUGAGUUCUCCCGAGUUCGGGAGUUUGUGGGGCAGCUGGUGGGCCUGCUGCCCCUGGGCCCUGGGGCUCUGCGUGCCAGCCUGGUGCAUGUGGGCAGCCGCCCGUACACCGAGUUCCCCUUCGGCCAGCACAGCUCAGGUGAAGCUGUCCAGGAUGCCGUACGUGCUGCAGCCCAGCGCAUGGGCGACACCAACACUGGCCUGGCACUGGCUUACGCCAAGGAGCAGCUGUUUGCAGAGGUGGCAGGGGCCCGGCCAGGGGUGCCCAAGGUGCUGGUGUGGGUGACAGACGGCGGCUCCAGCGACCCCGUGGGACCCCCCAUGCAGGAGCUGAAGGACCUGGGUGUCACUGUCUUCAUCGUCAGUACUGGCCGGGGCAACCUCCUGGAGCUGUCAGCUGCCGCCUCGGCCCCCGCUGAGAAGCACCUACACUUUGUGGAUGUGGAUGACCUGCACAUCAUUGCCCAGGAGCUGAGGGGAUCCAUUCUCGAUGCGAUGCGGCCCCAGCAACUCCGUGCCUCUGAGGUCACGUCCAGCGGCUUCCACCUGGCCUGGCCGCCCCUGCUGACCGCAGACUCUGGCUACUACGUGUUGGAGCUGGCGCCGAGCUCCGAGCCGGGGACCGUGCGUCGCCAACAACUACCGGGGAACGCCACGGGCUGGGCCUGGGUCAACCUCGACCCUGACACCGACUACGAGGUGGCGCUGGUGCCCGAGUCCAACGUUCACCUCGUGAGGCCGCAGCACCUGCGGGUGCACACGCUGCCGGAGGAGGCCGGGCCGGAGCGCAUCGUCAUCUCUCAUGCAAGGCCGCGCAGCCUGCGCGUGAGCUGGGCGCCGGCGCUCAGCGCGGCCGCCGUGCUCGGCUACCACGUGCAGUACGGGCCGCUGCUGGGCGGGGCGGCCCAGCGCGUGGAGGUGCCGGCGGGCCGCAACAGCACCACGCUGCAGGGCCUGGCGCCCAGCACCGCCUACCUGGUGACCGUGACGGCAGCCUUCCGCUCGGGCAGCGAGAGAGCGCUGUCGGCCAAGGCCUGCACGCCCGACGGCGAGCGCAGCCGCGCCCCGCGCCCCCAGCCGCCGGGGGCCUGGGGCCGGGAGCCGUGAGCCGGCCGCCCCGCCCACCCGAGGGCCCCCUUCUCCCCACCGCCAGAACCUGGGCCUUGCCCCGCGGCGACUCCGUCCGAAUCCCCCCCACCCAGAACUCUCCUGCGGCGGCGGAGGGCUCCCUGCGCGGGCGUCUGCCUUCUAGGACGCAGGGCUCGCCCGACUCCCCGGCCAUCGCGACCCCCUGCCCUGCCCGGGCUCAGAGCUGGACACGCGGUGCUGUCCUUUGGGCAGGAAUUAGCAGGAAGAUGGACAGGGACUCUGGGGUGAGCUGAGAACAUCAGACGCAAGACUGGCCUCAAGUGCAGGACAGGAGGCAGCUGAGCGGAGUGGCUGGACCUCUCACUUGUGUGAAGGCCCAGUCCCUCUGGUGGCAAGGGCUGUCAUCGGUCUGAGAGGGCUUGGUCCGGCUGGCCGCGCUGCGUCCCUGCGGCCUCAGGUCCUAGAUGUUGGUGGAAGGUGGGUGGGGGAAGGGCGGGAGCUGGCUCCGGCUGGGUUGCAAAGGCUUCCCGGAGGAGACAGGAUCUGGAAAAGGGCAGGGCGUUGUGGUGGCAGGUUGAUGGUGUGGUCAGCAGCUGGGUCAGCAGAAAGAUGGUCUUUGCCAGGGUGUUCAGUUGGCCUGAGGGGUAGUGCCUCCUGGGGACAGUGGCCCUGCCUUCCUGCCCACAACCCCACCGGGUCCAGCUACAGCCGCAGGGAUGCAGAUGGCACCUUCCUGGAGGAACAGGACCCUGGAGACAGGAGGGCUCCUUGCCCCUGCGAGUCCCAAGGCUUGCACUCACGGGGGGCCUCCCCUGCUUCCGGGUGGGGAGCUUCGAUGCGUGGGCAGGGACAAACAAGGUUCCCCUGGGUGGGUUCACCCCAGCGAUUCUCUACAGCAUCCUCAGACCCCACCUCCUGCCACUCCUGCUCUCUGGGGCCUCCAGACGAGUCCUAAGGGCAGUACCUGCUGGCCCUCAGCCCCAUCAAGGUAUGCAUGUACUCCCGUCUGCACCAACUCCGUGCUCACUUUGCCUCUUCCCCACUAACACCCCAGACUUUAAAAUACAGUAAAUUAGAUGUAAACUGAGCUCUGCAGUCUCAGAGUGCUUUACUCCGUCCCAGCACUCCAGCCCUGUGAAAGCUCCCAGACGGAAGGCCAAUGUUUUGAGACUGUUGCUGGGGAAGGGGAGGGGAGCCGAGCCCCUCCUGGUGCUGAGGCUCCGAACACCCUGCCAAAUGCACCUCCUCCUCAGAGGGCCCUGGCCGUUUCUGUGGGCGGGACUCCGUGGUUUGGAGCAGAGUUGCCAGAGGCAGGGACAGGGACCUGGCUGUGCACGGCUGUCCCCACCACAGCCUUGAGAUCAGGGGUGGGGCUGUGGCGCCCUCUGCUGGCAAUACCGCUCCCUCAGCAGCAGUUUGACUCGCGGGCCGCCUGCUAAUUGGAAAUGGACACCCUAACCCAAGCAAACUGCAGGGUUGAGAGAGGUGGUCUUCAAGUCCCUGACAGUGUUCUCAGUUUGCCCACUCGGGUUUGGUGGGCAUGUGUUUGGGGGCAGCCUUCAGUCGAGCUGAGCUGCCACCAUUUUUCAAGGACCAGACUCCCAAGAAUCACAUGACUCCCUAAGCACCUAAGGCCUGCACCA